AAUCGUAGGCGUGGUCUUACUAGUGCUGCAUGCUGCUUUUUAGGUACAGAAUUAAGAAUCAAAGAAAGUAAAACAAUACAGGAUCUUAACGCUAGAAGUAAAUGGCUUCAAAGGAACCAGACAAACCAUCAACGAGUGAGAGUGAAAAGUCUCAAGCUCCAUUAAUAGCGUCUGUACCAGCGGUAACACCAGAAAGACAUCCAUUACAGAACAAGUGGGUUUUGUGGUAUUUGAAAAAUGACAAGCAAAAAGAAUGGAAAGACAAUUUAAGAAAGAUCAUUUGCAUUGAUACGGUUGAAGACUUUUGGUCUGUGUACAAUCAUAUCAAGCCACCAAGCCAAAUUAGCAGUGGGUGUGACUACAUGCUAUUUAAAGAAGGUAUUGAACCAAUGUGGGAAGACAAAACAAACAAAGAUGGUGGUAGGUGGUUGUUAAAUAUUGAUAAAAGAGACAGAAAAGAUGGAGUUUUAGACAAUGUUUGGAUGGAGACAUUAAUGUGCUUGAUUGGGGAAAUUUUUGAUGACAGUAGUGAUGAUAUCUGUGGAGCUGUGGCACAGAAUAGAACAAAAGGAGACAAAAUAUCUAUUUGGACUAGAGUUGCAAAAAAUAAAGACCAUGUUCACAGAAUAGGGUACGUUAUAAAAUUUUUCUAUUAAAAAUUGUUUUUUGGAAUAGU